AACGUACCCAUCUUCGUUCCCCUUCCAAACCUCUCCCCGUAGCCAUCUAGCCCACCAAGCAAAUCUCAAAUCUACCCCGCUCUCCUUCCCUCCCUCCCCUGCAACGCCAGCACCCUCAGCUCCCGCAGCCAUGGCAUCAAGAUUGGUGGUCACCUAGUUCUCCUUCCUGUAGCGGUUCCACUCGCGGAGGCGCGGCAUGGCGUCGCCGCCGCUUCCGUCGCAGAUUGUGGAGUUCAACUGCAAGGUGAUGGAGGAGAAGCUCAAGAGUCUGGGCCUCAAAGUCAAACACCAUGAUGAGAACUUAAGGUUCCUCAAGUCCGAAAUCAAUGCCAUCGAAGAGGUCUGCGUCGACCUGGCAAUUAAACUCGGGAAUUAUCAUACAUCCGUCGCUGCUGUUGCAACUAAUGAUACUUCUACUGAAGAGGCUGAACAGCGUACUAUUCGAAGUAUACUUGAUCAGGACAAGACAGCAGCUGCCCUUGUAUGCCAGCUGAAGGUCCGUUAUCAUGAGCGCACAUCAAAUAUGCCACUGAUGAAAGAUAUCCUUGGUUUUGUCGCUACGUUGGGAAAAGUAAAUGAUGAUCACCUCAGCAGGGUACUCGCAGAGUACUUGGGAAUGGAUAAUAUGCUUGCUCUUGUCUGCAAAACUUACGAUGGUGUUAAGGGUCUUGAAAAAUACGACAAGGAUGGCAUCAUUGAUAAGAGCAGUGGCAUACAUGGACUAGGUCGCUCUGUAGGAAAAUUUCUCAAUGGAAGGUUCACUGUCUUUUGUCUUGAAAAUUUGAGGUCAUUUUCUGGUGAUGUUAACAUUGAUGAUCCGCAGAGAAAGCUUAUUUUGCAUAGACCAAGGUUGCCUGGUGGGGAGUCUCCUCCUGGUUUUCUGGAUUUUGCAGUAAAUAUGAUUCAUCUGGACCGAGCACACUUGAGUUGCCUCACAGCCAGUGGCCAUGGUCUUCGGGAAACUUUGUUUUACAGUCUGUUUUCUCAUUUACAAGUUUAUAAGACCAGAGCCGACAUUCAAUGUGCUCUUCCUCUGAUAAAUGAUGGUGCUGUUUCUCUAGAUGGUGGUAUACUGAAGCCCAAUGGCUCAUUUUGCCUUGGCUACAGCAAAAAUCUUGAAGUAAAGUUUCCUGUAAGCCUUGAGGUUUCAAGUUCACCUGAAAAUAUCGCUGAAAUGGAAGAGCAAGUUAAACUUAAGAAUUGGGAGAAGGAAAGGCUUCUUGAAGAUAUGAAAAGGGAAGAAGAUUUGCUGAAGCAAGUUAAGGAAUUAUACAGCAAGAAGAAGCAAGAGCUCAUGGAUUAUCUCACUCACCCAUCCUUGACACAGACGCCGCGUGAUUCGCCACCAAUUUGUUCACCAGCAACUCCGGGAAGUAAUCCAUUUGGAGCCAAGUCCUCUCACACGCGCCGUUAUUAAAAACAUUUAGUGGCAUCCUAAUUUUGUUGGGACUUUUGCAUGCUCUGGUGUCAGCCUGCAGUACCAAGCAAGUACCUUCUGCUACAACCGUGGUGUUAGUCUGUGGAGGAUAAUAGGAAGUACACUGUUAUUUGGGGAGCCUGUUUAUCUGCUGUUUGUAGUAGAUGAUAGAAGAGGUUUCUAUCAAACCAAAUUGAAGAAAACAGUAGAAGGAACAUGCAGAUGACAUGUAGUUUCUCCAUUAGCUGUCCAGAAUGUGACUUCUUAAAGGCACUACUGGAUGAUGGCUGGACCUUCUGUUUCUUCUAGCCAUAUCUGAAACAUGAUAUACGUUUCAGAUCUUUCCGGGGUGGCUACUCUGACCGUGACUCCGUCUACAGCUGAAUCGUCAUGACUUGCAUGAUUGAAACACUAA